AUGCUCCCCUCGGGGGCCACUCCUGGGACCACGGACCGUUUCUCGGUGCCGGCCGAUGCGGAGGAUAUGGUGCUUAAACAGUGGCCUCAAGUGGAACGUAUCUUCAGGGUGCUGCUGAGUGUCCUUGAGAAGACCUGCCCGGGGAGGCCCCACAUCUGGCUGCAGCUGGAGGCACCCCAAAAGAAUGUAGGCAGAGCCAAGGAGUACCUGAAAGGCCUUUGUAACCCAGAAGUGUGGGAGGAAGUCACCUAUCCUGCAGCCCUGCACUGUGUCUUCUUUGGAGCUGGGGGUCGCUUCCUAGAUUGCCUGUGUUGGGGUACCUCAGCUCACAUGGUGCCCAAAGCCCCAGGCUCUCUGUUAUUGGGGGGCCUGAUUGAAGCCUUUGUCAUGGCCCAGAGCAGGAUGGAAGAUCUGUUAGGGCGACUGAGGCAAGAUGGUCUCCAGAGGCCACAGUCCAAGAGUGCCAGGAAACAAGUGACUCAGGCCUUCAAGGCCCUGGUUGGAAGCUAUGGGGAUGAACAAUCCAGGGCUCUCCUGGGUUUGCCGGUGUCUGUCCAGGAGUGGCUGUUAAACUUGGCAGAAGAGGCAGGUGGGGAGCAAGGGCUGCCAGAACCUCCUCUAGGACAAGAGAGGAGCCCAGUUCUGUUUGGGAAUGGUGGUUGGGAGGACCCCAUCAGAAGGACUCUGAGUGAGGGCAGAGAAGUCAGGGAGGAUGACACUGUCUCAUUGGGCACAAGGUCUGUUGACCAGGAAGGUAUUAGGGAAGGGGUUUAUGCUAGGGAAGAGUGUCUGCCUUCUGAUCCUGGAGAGAAAGACUGGGAAAGACUAUGGUCUGUGGGAAAGGAGGAUUCCGGGAGGAUUGGAGAACUGAUCAGGGAACAGGACCAGCAUACACAUAAUCUCUCUGGGCAAAGAAACUUGGAGAGACUAGAGAGUCCCAGGGAGGGAUUACCUGGGCAGAGGAACUGCGGGACGGAGGGGAUCCCUGAGGACAGAAAUUGUCCAUCUAGGGAAAGGAACUGGGGGAAGGAUGGGUUCCUUGGGGAGAAAGAUUGGAAUGGGGAUGGCUUGACUAUGGGGAGAGACUGGGGCAGAGAUGGGCACUUUGGGCAGGGGGAUUGUGGGAAAGGGAGACGUAAUAGGGAGGAGAACCAGGACAGAGUACAGGAUCUGGAAGGAAAAGGCUUAAAAAGAGAGGAGCUACCUGGUGACGUAUCCCAAGGAGAAGGUCCCCAGAGCCAAGAUCACUUCCCAAGCCCACACUCUGUCAAGGCUGACUUCCUCCUGGGGGUGAAUCAGGCUGCAGCUGGUUACUGUGGCCAUUGUCAGGCAGUGGUGUGUGACCGGCAGUGGAGGGGCCCCCUAAUGCCCCUUCAGCUCAACAAUGGAGAAUCCUCCCCACCAAUAGGGCCCAACCUUCUACCUGGGGCUCAGUCCACAUGGCUUCUUUCUCCAAAGCCUGGGAAUGCGCAUUCAGCGGGACUUGAGGGGCAGGAGCCUCCAAAGGGAAGCUUAGGUGGCACCACUGGUGGCAGCUCUGAGGUGACCAAAACCCAGUGCUUUCUGGAGGCCCUGAAGACCCCGUUUUCUUUGAACCUCACUAAUGUGCCUGGUGCAACAGGUCUUCGACAUGUUAUCAUCAAUGGCAGCAAUAUAGCUAUGAUCUAUGGCCUCCAGCAUUUCUUCUCCUGCCGGGGCAUAGCCUUAGCCGUGCAGUAUUUCUGGGAUCAGGGGCACUGGGACAUCACUGUCUUUGUGCCUCAGUGGUGCCUUAGGAAGGAUGCCAAGGUGAAAGAACGUCAUUUCCUGACUAAACUACAGUCCCUCUGCCUGCUCUCUGUCACCCCCUCUCGAAUUGUGGAAGGGAAGAGGAUUACCUCCUAUGAUGACAGGUUCAUGGUGAAGCUGGCAGAAGAAACUGAUGGCAUCAUCGUUUCUAAUGACCAGUUCCGAGACUUGUCAGAGGAAUCUGUGAAAUGGGCAGAAAUCAUCAGAGAGCGGCUGCUGCCUUGCACUUUUGUGGGGAACAUCUUCAUGGUCCCAGAUAAUCCACUGGGGCAUGAGGGCCCCACCCUGGAUGAGUUCCUCAAGAAACCAAAUGGGCCGCAGGCUUCGAAAGGUCGCUCAACUGGUCGCCGAGGGCCUCCCCAUAGCCAACCUUCCCGACCCAGCUCCAGGGCCUGAUCCCAGGUUCGAUCCGGAGCCCACCCUCAACCUCUACCUCGACCUCGAUCUCAGCCUCAACCUCACACCAGAGGCCUGACAGAAUCUGAAAUUCAGCCAAAGCAGCCGGAGCAAAAGGAGGAAGAUGAGGGAAUUAGUGGCUUACUAAGGGCGAGAGAGACUGAGCUCCAGCACAAGCUGCUGAAGGUGUUUUGGGGACAGGACCAUAAGGUGGACUUCAUCCUACAGCGGAACCCCUCUAAUAGGGACCUCAACCAGCUUUCAGAGGCCCUGCUCAGUCUGAACUUCUGA